GCUUCUCGUAUUUGUGUCUAUAUAUGAUACUUUGUGUUGUCGGGCUUGGGUCGGGUUUUGCGGCGUAUUCAAAGCCCGAUAACGAUACGGCUUGGGGGCUAUGUUUCUAAGUGGGUGGGUGAUUGAUGGCAUUGCGUUGCGGGCUAGGAUGUGGCCGUCAGCAGUCAGCACUACUAGUCAAAUCCUCAUGGUCUGUUCCUUACAACUCGAUCUGCUCCACUUUAGGCUGCGUUAGGCUAAGAUGGACACAAAUCAAGAUGGCGGUGUAUUGUGAAUGUUUGAUAAUAUGUACAGUGUGACCAGAGGGCCAAAACUCAUCAAAGUAAAAAGAGGAAUAAUAAGAA